AUGAGUUUAAAUAAACCAGAAAAGAUGCCUUCGUUGGAUGCAAAUGUUGUGAAAAUAGCGGUUGAAAUGGAAUCUGAAAAUCCACAACUUAAAGAAUUCAAUCAAAAGAUACCACUAACCAACAUAAUCCAGGACUUGUGUAGUGGUUGGGACUUAACUGACCCUGAACAAUAUGCAUUGAAAUUUUCCGAGAAAACCAACCAAAACUAUGUCACUGAAAAAAAUAGGAAUGAAAUUAAAAAUGGCUCUGUAUUGAGACUUGCAUUUUCUCCUUCAAAGAUUGCAUAUGACAUACUGCAGACACUUCAUUCUGAAAGUUCUGAUGACAAAAAUGAGAGAACUUCUGCCCUGCAAAAGUUAGCAGAAUGCAGUACUGAUAUAACAUUUGCUCUUGAAUUCAUUAAUAAACAAGGAUUGGCUCUGAUUAUUAGCUUAAUUGAAAGAGGUAAAUGUCAAGGAGCAAUGUUAGCUAAUGCGCUAGCUUCAUUUGUCGAGUUAAUGGACCAUGGAAUUGUAUCUUGGGAUAUCUUAGAAACUCCAUUUAUUAAUAUGGUUGCCAGCUAUGUUAAUAAUCAAACAUCUAGGCCACAGGAAGCAAAAGUUGUACAAUCUUCACUAUCCAUAUUAGAAAGUAUUGUUCUAAACAGUUCUGCUAAGUAUGGUCAAGUAGAAAAAGAAGUAGGAUUCCCUAACCUUGUACUACGUCUUGAAAAUCAAAACCCCAUAAUUCAACAAAAUGCACUUUCUUUGAUAAAUGCUUUAUUUUUGAAAGCUGAUCCAGCUAAAAGAAAAAUUAUUGCUAGUACCUUAUGUACUAAACAAGUCCGAAAUGUUAUACUACAAAAUAUCAUACAAACAUCAUCUGGUGAAGUUGGAUCUGAAAUGGCUCACCAACUUUAUGUUAUGCAAACAUUAUGUUUUGGACUGCUUGAAGAAAGAAUGAAUACCAAAAUGGACCCACAAGAUCAAGAUGCUCACGAAAAAAUUAAGGAAUUGCGUAAGAUUGCAUUUGAAUUGGAUACAAUUAGUGGUGGAGAUGCUAGUCGACGACAACUUAGUCCAUUUACCAAAGAUUAUAAAAAACUGGGCUUUAAAUACGACAUAAACCCUGCAUUGGAUUUUACAGAGACUCCACCUGGAAUGUUGGCUUUAGAUUGUAUGGUAUAUUUUGCUCGUAAUCAUGUUGAUGCUUAUACAAAAGUUGUUCUGGAAAAUUCAUGUAGAGCGGAUGAACAUGAAUGCCCUUUUGGCCGAUCAUCUGUCGAAUUAGUACGCUUACUUUGCAACAUACUUAGAAUUGGCGAACUUCCCAGUGAACAAACUACUACAUAUCAUCAAAUAUUUUUUAGCCAUGAUCAUCCUUUCCAUGAAUUAUAUUGUGUUUGUAUUGUAUUACUAAAUAAAACAUGGAAGGAAAUGAGAGCAACAACGGAAGAUUUUGUCAAAGUAUUAAGUGUUGUACGAGAACAAAUCACUAGGGCUUUAGGCUCACAACCAGCCAAUUUGGAAAAACUACGACAAAAAUUAUCUACUCUCACUUAUUCUGAAAUAACUAAUCUAUGGCAACAAGAACGUACUUCUAGAGAACAAUGGGAGAGCCACGCUCGUCCUAUAGUGCAACUUAAAGAGUUAGUUACACCUGAGAUUGUACAACUUAUUAAAAAACAACGCCUCAACUACAUGGUUGAUGGGACUCGAUUUACUAAAUAUUCACAACGUGGACAGAGAGUUAAAGAUAAGUUUUGGUUUGUGAGAUUAUCACAAAACCACAAAGUUUUACACUAUGGUGAUUGUGAUGAUAAAAGUGUUCCUACAAUUGAAGAACUUCCAAAUAAGUUGGGAGUGGUUGAUAUCAAAGCAUUGCUUACUGGUAAAGACUGUCCUCAUAUGAAAGAUGCCAAAGGCCGGAAAUCCACACAUCAACUUGCUUUUUCAUUGACUUUGGAUUCUGUGGAAAUGACACCUCUCUAUUUUGUUGCUCCGGAUGAAAUGGUUUAUGAUUAUUGGGUUGAUGGAAUAAAUGCAUUACUUGGAAAUAAGAUGACAAGUAAAGAAGCUGAGAAUGAUUUGGAAACAUUAUUAUCAAUGGAGAUAAAACUUAGACUUCUAGAUGCUGAAGGAGUUGGUGUAGAUAUUCCUCAAGAUCCACCUCCUGUACCUGCUGAUCCACCAAACUAUGAAUUCUGUUAUGAUUUUAAAUGA